GUCUUUACAGUAAAAAACUCGAAUUUCCAAAACCCUAAACAGAGAGAGAGGGAGAGAGGGUCUUUAAAGUUUCGUUUUUGGAGAAAAGUAUUGUAAAUCGAAGAGGGUUGGAAUAAUAAAAUGGCUAUGGCCGGGCUGUACCGGCGAGUACUCCCGUCUCCUCCCGCAAUCGAUUUCGCUUCCCAUGAAGGCAAGAAGCUUUUCAUUGAGGCCAUUCAAAGUGGGACAAUGGAAGGCUUUUAUAGGUUGAUUUCUUUUUUUCAGACACAAUCAGAGCCCGCAUAUUGUGGAUUGGCCAGCCUGUCCAUGGUCUUGAACGCACUUGCUAUAGAUCCUGGAAGAAAAUGGAAGGGACCUUGGAGAUGGUUUGAUGAAUCCAUGCUAGACUGUUGUGAACCUUUAGAAAAGGUCAAAGCUACAGGCAUCUCAUUUGGGAAGCUCGUAUGUUUAGCUCAUUGUGCUGGAGCAAAAGUUGAAGCCUUUCGCACAAACCAAAGCACCCUUGAAGACUUCCGUAAACAUGUAAUGAGAUGUUCCGUUUCUGAUAAUUGUCAUGUGAUCUCAUCAUAUGAUAGAUUAGCUCUGAAGCAAACAGGAAGUGGUCAUUUUUCGCCUAUUGGUGGUUACCAUGUUGGAAGGGACAUGGCACUAGUAUUGGAUGUUGCACGCUUCAAAUAUCCUCCUCAUUGGGUUCCUCUCUCACUUCUUUGGGAAGCGAUGGGUUAUGUUGACAAAUCAACAGGACAACAGAGAGGGUUCAUGCUUAUAUCAAGGCCUCACAGGGAGCCGGGAUUACUUUAUACCCUGAGCUGUAAAAAUGAGAGCUGGGUCGGUAUUGCAAAAUACCUCAUGGAUGAUGUUCCUCUUCUCAUUAAGUCGGCAGAUGUGAAAGAUAUUGAAAAAGUUCUUUCUCUUAUUGUCACAUCACUUCCAUCAAAUUUUGGAGAGUUCAUCAAGUGGAUUGCAGAGGUUCGAAGGCGAGAGGAUGGUGAUCAAAGCUUAAGCCCAGAGGAGAAAGCAAGGGCUACUGUCAAGGAAGAGGUAUUGAAACAGGUGCAGGAGACUGGCCUCUUUAAACACGUGUCAGCAUUUUUAUCCUCGGCAAAUUCAUGCUGCAGGACUUUACCGCUUUUGAGUCAUCAAGACAAUUUUCCUGACAUAGCUGCAAGUGUUUGUUGCCAAGGGGCAGAAAUUUUGGCUGGGAUAUCCGGUGCCUCAGGUGAGUAUUGCUGUCGAGAAACAUGCAUAAAUUGCCUGAAGGCUAAUGGUGACAACCUUGUUACACUAGUUUCUGGGACAGUAGUUAAUGGAAAGAGUGAGCAUGGGGUUGAUGUGCUGUUUCCUUCAUCCCAAAUGAAACCCAGUUGCUCUUGCUCUGCCUCAAGCAAUUACAUUGGAAUCCACCCAGCUAGCAAUGAUGUUCUAACGGCACUUUUACUGGCCUUGCCUCCAGAAACAUGGUCUGGUAUAAAAAAUGAGAACAUUUUAUUGGAAAUAUCCAGCCUCGUCUUGACUGAAAAUCUUCCCACCUUGCUUCAAGAAGAGGUUUUGCAUUUAAGACGCCAGCUCUACCUUCUCAAGAGAUGCCAAGAGAACAAGGUGGAUGUGGAUCUCGGUGCACCUUUGUCAUAGUGUCGUGUCGUGUUUUCCUCAUUUUCUCUCUACUUCCGAGACUAGAGAAAGAUGACGAUCGUAUGAACUAUCAGAAUGUCUUGAGUGUUAGAAAUGCAGAACGGCAAGGCUGUCUACUGCCCAUUUGUAGGUUAUUUGUUGAGAAGCUACAGUUGUCUGCCGGAGAUGGAAACCUCAUGUGUGGAGGCAGGAGCUGUCCUUCAGAGCCUGAAUAAAAGGGUCAUGAUGAAGGGGCAAGAGUUCUCCUUUUUUAUACAACUGCCGGGAGUUUUAAAACAUUUAAUACACACACAUAUAUGUAAUUGUUUAAAAUGAUUCCA